AUGGAUCCUCAGAUCAGGUAUGAUUAUGGAAUUCCAACGAUUUCCUUGCUUCGAACGCACGAGUUGGGAAGUAAAGCCACCUGUUUUUGCUUCUUUUGUCCACAGCGUCAGUUAUAUGCACCUCGUUGGCCUGUCGCUACAAGUGUCGGGCGUCUCCCACAGGAGGUGUUUGCUACUGUCCUGCGGGCUGGAUCCUCGCGAACGACUCAACGACUUGCAUAGGUACAUCAUAAGAACUCUUACGCUUAAGCUUACCGUCAUCGUCUCGUCACACACAGAUCGCGACGAGUGCUCGGAAUGGGGUUUCUGCGAGCAGUUGUGCGAAAACACGGAGGGAUCGUAUACGUGCAGCUGCGCGCCAGGCUUCACGUUGCAGGCACGGAACAAGUGUCGAGCCGAGCAACGUCCCGGUGUGAAGCUGGAGCUGUUGGUCGCUCAGGAAAGGGCUGUUUGGAGAAUGUCCGCCAGCGACGAGGAGAGGAACAUUGUCGUAAAUACUACCGGAGCUAGCGGAGUGGAUUACCUCUACUCCAGAGAUUUGCUCUUCUGGAGCGACGUGAAGACGAAGAAAGUGCACUCGGAGCCGUUGAACGGCGAAGGCUCGAGCUCCAGGACCACCAUAUCCUCGACGACCGACAGCAAACAAGUCUUAAGAGCCAACAUGGACGGGACCGCGGAUUUCCCGAUCGUCUUCGAGGCAGCUUACAAAGUGUCCGGCAUCGCUGUGGACGUGAUCGCCCGGAGGAUCUUCUGGUGCGACUCCCAAUUGGACUACAUCGAGACCGCUGACUACUUGGGCAGGAACAGAGUGAUGGUGCUCAGGGGCCCGCACACGCCCUCCCCGACGAGAUUGACCAUGUUUGAGAACGCAAUUUACUGGACAGACGGGACGAAACAGGCUAUCAUGAGCGUGGACAAGACGGAGGGCGAUGCUUCCAUACACACUGUCUACAAAAUGAGAGACGCGAAGGCUAUAAAGGCUCUGCAUCCGUUGACGCAGCCGAUGGUGUCCAAUCCUUGCGGGAACAACAACGGUGGCUGUCAGCACAUGUGCAUAGUAACCGCAGCCAGCGACCAAGAGAACAGACUUGGUUACCGGUGCGCUUGCGACAUAGGCUGGAGGUUGUCCAGCGACCAGAGAAAUUGCAAUUUGGUCCAGGAGUUUCUCAUGUACUCGCAGCAAAGGUUCAUCAAAGGCAGAGUGUUGGAUCCCGUGAUGGAGGGGUUCAGCGACGCCAUAUCGCCCGUGGUUUCCAGGAGAGCCAGGUUCGUCGGUCUCGACUACGACGCGCACGACCAGUACAUCUACUACAGCGAUGUUCUGCAAGACGUGAUUUACCGGGUUCGUCAAAGUGGCACGGGCCGGGAGCCCGUGCUGGCUAGUCAAAACGAAGGCGUGGAAGGUCUGGCGGUCGACUGGGCCGCGAAGAAUCUCUACUACAUCGACUCGAGGAAAGGCACGCUGAACGUACUCAGCACCAGGAACGUCACCUACCGCAGGACACUGCUGAAGAAUUUGAAACGGCCGAGGGCCAUCGUCAUUCACCCUAACCAGGGAUACAUCUUCUUCUCCGAAUGGGACAGGCCAGCGAACAUCAGCAGAGCCUACACCGACGGUUCGAACCUAGUGGUCUUCAGGAAUCUGACUUUGGGCUGGCCCAACGGCUUGGCCAUCGAUUUCGCGAAGGACAGGCUGUACUGGUGCGACGCACUUCUCGACCACGUGCAACACUCGAAUUUAAACGGCACGGACGUGCAGACAGUGAGCUCCAGGCUGAUCAGACAUCCAUUCUCCAUGGCGAUACACGAGCAGUGGAUGUACAUCACCGACUGGCGACUGGACGCCAUUAUUCGGCUUCACAAAGAAACGGGGGAGCAAGAGAGCAUCCUCGUGCGUCAGCCGGAAACGAACAGGCUAUACGGCGUGAAGGUCUACAGUCGCGACAUUCAGGUCUCUCUGCUGGAUCACCCUUGCUCCAUCGACAACGGCGGAUGCGAGAAAUUGUGCUUCGCCAUCCCCCAGAACAACACGAACAGAUACGGCACCGCCAGGCUGACACGAGUCUGCGGUUGCCCGUACGGCGAGCGUAUCCAGGCGAACGGCAAGACUUGCGCGCCCGAUCCAGAAGCCGAACCACCGCUCGAAGCGUGUCCCAAUACCUGGGAUUUCACCUGCGCGAAUCAGAGGUGCGUGUCGCACGCGUGGGUCUGCGACGGCGAGAACGACUGCCUGGAUAACAGCGACGAGCGAAACUGCACGAAACCGACUUGCUCUCCGAACGAGUUCCAGUGCAAGUCGGGCAGGUGCGUGCCGAUGAGCUUCCUCUGCGACUCGGAGAACGACUGCGGUGACUACAGCGACGAGACGGGCUGUCCGAACGUGACCUGCAGCGCUAACCAGUUCGCCUGCGCCAACAACAGGUGCAUACCGAACACGUGGAAGUGCGACUCGGAGAACGACUGUGGCGACAGCUCCGACGAGGGUGAGUUCUGCGUGGCGAAGACCUGCACUUAUUUCCAGUUCACCUGUCCGAGAUCCGGCCACUGCAUCCCGCGGUCCUGGGUCUGCGACGGCGACAACGACUGUUUCGACCAGCAAGACGAGAUGGACUGCCCGCCGGUCACCUGUCUCAGCACUCAGUUCACCUGUGCCGAUCAGAAGAUGUGCGUCCUCGAUUCGUACAAGUGCGACGGUAUAUCCGACUGCAACGACGGUAGCGACGAGGUCGGCUGCCCGUCCCUGGCACCGGACCAAUGCAACACCGACAAGCAGUUCCAGUGCGUCAGCUCGGCGAUUUGCAUCCCGAGGAGCUGGUACUGCGACGGGACCGCGGACUGUCCGGACAGGUCCGACGAGCCGGCCUCUUGCGGCCAGGUGGGCUGCCAGCCGGGUUUCUUCAAGUGUCGCAACGAGAGGUGCGUGUUCAAGGCGUACAUCUGCGACGGCAAGGACGACUGCGGCGACGGGUCCGACGAGGACACCGAGCUGCACGCUUGCACCGCGCCCGAGUUCAAGUGCGACUCCCAGCAGUGGAAGUGCCCGAACGUGACCGACAGGUGCGUGAACAUAACCAGCGUCUGCGACGGCAAGUUUGACUGUCCGAACGGCGCGGACGAGGGCCCGGCCUGCGACUUCCAGGAGUGCAAGCACGGAGGGGGGUUGUACUGCAGCAACGACUGCAUCCAGACGCCUCUCGGCAAGCAGUGCACCUGUCCUCCGGGAGAGGAGUUGAGCAAGGACGGCUACGCGUGCCAGGACGUGAACGAGUGCGAUCCACCUGGCCGCUGCUCUCAGGUCUGCGUGAACAUCAAAGGUGGAUACUACUGCAACUGCGUGGACGGGUACAUCCUGGAGAAGGACAAGCACACUUGCAAGGCGUUUAAUCGCAGCGCUGCGUUCCUGAUCAUAUCGAACAGGCACACGAUCCUCGUGGCGGAUCUUCAGGAGCAGGCGUUGGAGAGGGUGCCGAUCACGGUGGAGAACGUCGUCGCGACCGCCAGCAACAUGCACACGGGCACCAUCUUCUGGUCGGACAUGAAGCUGAAGAAAAUCUCUCGGCUGGACAGGAACAGCGAUCCCGAGGACGUGAUCUCAACCGGGUUGGAUUUGGUAGAGGGUCUCGCUUACGACUGGAUAGGCCAGAACCUCUACUGGCUGGACUCCAAGUUGAACACCAUCGAGGUGGCCAAGGAGACGGGCGUGAGUAGGAUGAUACUGGUGAAGGAGAACAUCACUCAACCGAGGGGUAUGUGCCUGGACCCGAGCCCCGGGGCCAGGUGGCUCUUCUGGACGGAUUGGGGCGAGAAUCCCCGUAUCGAGAGAAUCGGCAUGGACGGCACCAACAGGUCGACCAUCAUCAACACCAAGAUUUACUGGCCGAACGGCCUCGCCCUGGACAUAGCGAACAAACGGAUAUACUUUGCGGACAGUAAGUUCGAUUUCAUCGACACCUGCCUGUACGACGGGACCAAGAGGAUUCAGGUGCUGGCUGGCUCACACUAUCUGCUCCAUCCUCACUCCUUGACCUUGUUCGAGGACACCAUGUACUGGACGGACAGGCAGUUGAACAGAGUGCUGUCGGCUCACAAGUUCUACGGUGUGAAUCAAACGGUCGUGUCUCACUUGAUAUCCCAGCCUCUGUCCAUACACGUCAAUCACCCGGCUCUGCAGCCGGUCACUCCGAAUCCCUGCGCGAACGCCACCUGCGCUCAUCUGUGCCUGUUGUCUCCGACGAAUCUCCAGGGCUACACCUGCAAAUGCCAGGUUGGAUUCAAGCUGCAGUACAACGGCCAAUGCGCGGAGGAGGAGGUGCCCUACUUGAUGGUGCUGCGUGGUUCUCAGAUCAUAGACGUGUCUUUGAUACCAGGUAGCACCAAGACCGGCUACAUAACUCCGGUGGUCGGUGUCGAGGGAGGUAAGUUCAUAGACUUCGACAGGCGGGAGAGAAUGAUCUACUGGCUGCAGACGAAGGACGACGACGACGAGAACGGGACCAUUUACACGACCGCUUACAACGGCGGCAACAGAACCGAGUUCCCCAAUCCGUUCGGCGACAGCGGGAUCGUUGGAGCACCGUCCGCGAUGGCGUUCGACUGGCUAGGCAGAAACAUAUUCAUAGGGAACAGAUACGCGUCGAACAUAGAGGCGAUCAAGGUGGACGGCAAGGUGAGGUACAGAACGAUAGUGCUCGUCAACGACGGCAACAAGACGUCCGUGGCGAAGCCGAAGGCCAUGUGCGUGGAUCCCCUGGAAGGUCAUAUAUUCUGGAUAGACGACGGCAGUUUCGGUAUUCCUAUGAAGAUCGGCAGGGUCAACAUGGACGGGACGAACCCGAUCGUGUUGGUGGACAAGGUGGAGAAACCGGAGGCCAUCACCAUCGACAUACCCAGCAAGACUAUUUACUUCAGCUCGCUGUACCCGGCUCUGAUCAUGGCGGUCUCCACGGACGGGCGAAACCUGAGGACCAUCGUCUCGGAGAACAUAGCGCUUCCGAAGGCGCUCGCCGUUCACGAGAACAGGCUGUACCUCCUCGAUCCAAAGUACGACAAAAUAGAGAGAGUGGAGCUGCCGGACGGUGAUAAUCCCACGACGAUAAUCGACAACGACUCCGAGCUGAAGACGCUGACCAUUUACAAGAAACGCGUGACCGGUGAUCACUCGUGUUUCGUCAACAACGGCGGCUGCGAGCAGAUCUGUCUGCCGGCCUCCGGUGGCACCAGGGUCUGCGCCUGCGGCAUGGAGUACCGAAAAGUCACCGAGACCACCUGCGAGCCGUUCAAGACGUUCGCGGUGGUCACCCAGCUGGACGUGGCCAGGGGUUACAGCCUGAAGGACGCGAAGGAGGCGAUGGUGCCUAUCGUUGGUGUGGGCCACCACAUUCUCCACGUGGACGUGUACAGCUCUGGCAACUGGAUCUACUGGGUGGAGUUCAACCGCGGUACGUGGAACGGGAUAUUCCGGAUCAGGCCGAACGGCACCGAGCUGCAGCACAUCGUGAAGCAGGGAAUAGGCUCGAACGGCAUCAGGGGCCUGGCUAUCGACUGGGUGGCCGGGAACAUGUACUUCACCAACGUGUUCCCCCACGACAACUACGUGGAGGUGUGCAAGCUGGACGGCACCAACAGGAAGAUCUUAGUGAAGAAGACGACGGAUUCACCGAGGGAGCUGGCCGUGAAUCCCAUUAAAAAGUAUCUCUAUUGGAUAGAUUACGGACAGUAUCCGAGACUGGGUAAGGCUUACCUGGACGGCAGCAACUGGAUGCCCAUUGUCACGUCUGGGAUCAGCACGCCGCGCGACAUAACCAUCGACCCGGUCACGCACGACGUCUACUGGGUGGACUCGAAGCAAGACAUGAUUCAGAAGGUCUCGUACACCGGCGGCAAUCGACAGAUCAUCAGGCGAAACUUGCCGAACCCGAUGGGCGUGGCCAUUUACGGGAACGACGUCUACUGGGUGGACAGGAACCUGGCCACGGUGUACAAGGCUAGCAAGCAGGGAGAUGCAACGAGCAUGCCGACGCCGGUGAGAUCGAAUCUUCCUAAAUUAAGGGACAUCGUUAUAUUCGACGAGAAGAGCCAGCCGCCGGACGCGACGAACCCCUGCUCGUCGUCCGGAGGGAGUGCCGGCUGCGCGCAGUUGUGCUUCGCCAUGCCGAAGGAGAGCUCGGUGGUGUUCAAGUGCGAGUGCGCUGUUGGCAAACUGGCCGCGGACGGCAAGAGUUGCGAGAGCAUGGAGGAGUAUUUGGUGUUCGCCACGAGGACGGAGAUCAAAGCGAUCGGCCUGGACCCGCAGAACACCAGCGUGCCGUUCAACUCGGUUGGAAAUCUGACGAACGUGGUGGGCGUGGACUUUGACUACCAGGACAAGAAGCUGCUGUUCACGCAGAUCCGGCCCUGGGCGAAGAUAGCCUGGAUGCAGGCGGACAGCCCCUCCUCCUCUGAAAUUCACACGUUGAUCAGCAAAGGGAUCAAUCCCGAGGGCAUCUCUUACGACUGGACGCAGAAGAAGGUCUACUGGACGGACUCCUCCAACAACAGCAUUUACGCGAUGGACCUGGACGGGUCGAAUCUCGUGAUGAUCGCCAGAGUCGACCGACCUAGAGCGAUAGUGGUUGAUCCAUGCAACGGGUCGCUGUACUUCACCGACUGGGGUCGGUUCGGAACGUCCGGCAAGAUCUUCAGGACCACGAUGGCUGGCUCUUUGAAGAGGGCCGUCAUAGACAAGGAUCUCUCCCAGCCGAGCGGCUUGGCCAUCGACUACGAGGAUCGCAUGCUCUACUGGACCGACGCGGUCAGGGAGAAGAUAGAACGUUCGGAAUUGGACGGCAGUGGUCGCCAGAUUCUAGUCUCCGCCACGAUAUACCCGUUCGCUAUAACAGUUUUCGGUGAGUACAUCUUCUGGACGGAUCUUCAGCUGAGGGGCGUCUAUCGCGCGGAGAAGCACACGGGCGCGAACAAGGUGGAGCUGGUGAAACGUUUGGAGGAUUCUCCGAGGGAUCUGCACAUCUACUCGGCGGCCAGGCAGCAGUGCAAGGUCAAUCCGUGUAACAUCUCGAACGGCGGCUGCGACCAGUCCUGCCAUCCGGGCGUGAACGGCUCGGCCGAGUGCAAAUGCGACGACAGCAGCAGGCUGGUGAACGAGGACCGGAUGUGCGUGCCGAAGAACGUCACCUGCGACUCCAGCAAGUUCGCCUGCAGAAACGGCCGCUGCAUCUCGCGAAUGUGGGCGUGCGACGGCGACGACGACUGCGGCGACGGCUCCGACGAGGACACCAACUACUGCUCCUACCACUCGUGCAGCCCGAACGAGUUCCGCUGCAACAACGGCAGGUGCAUCUUCAAGACGUGGAAGUGCGACCACGAGAACGACUGCCGCGACGGCAGCGACGAGGAGGGCUGCGUCUACCCGCCGUGCGCCCUCGGCGAGUUCACCUGCGCCAACUACCGCUGCAUCCCACAGUCGCAGGUCUGCAACGGCGUCAACGACUGCAAGGACAACGUCACCUCCGACGAGACCCACGAACGCUGCCCCAGGAACACCACCUGCCCCCCGAAUCACCUCAAGUGCGAGAAGACCAACAUAUGCGUGGAGCCGUACUGGCUCUGCGACGGCGACAACGACUGCGGGGACAACAGCGACGAGAAUCCGCUGCACUGCGCCCAGAGGACCUGCCCGCAGAGCUCCUUCCGCUGCCCCAAUCACAGGUGCAUCCCGGCCACCUGGUACUGCGACGGAGACGACGACUGCCUGGACGGUAGCGACGAGCCUCCUGGUUAUUGCCAGUCGGAGGGCAGGACCUGCUUCGGCGACCUGUUCACCUGCGACAAUGGCAACUGCAUACCGAGGAUCUACAUCUGCGACGGGGACAACGACUGCUUGGACAGGUCCGACGAGGACGAGCGUCACCAGUGCAACGACCGGAAGUGCGACGAGGAAACGGAGUUCACCUGCACCGCGAACAAGAUGUGGAACAGGGCGCAGUGCAUACCGAGGAAGUGGCUGUGCGACGGUGACCCGGACUGCGUGGACGGGGCUGACGAGAACGUCACGUUGCACCAUUGUCCCACACCGACGCCCUGCGCCGAGAACCAGUUCACCUGUGACAACGGCCGCUGCUUGAAUCAGAAUUGGCUGUGCGACCACGACAACGACUGCGGCGACGGCAGCGACGAGGGCAAGUUCUGCAACUCCAAGUACAAGCCGUGCACCAGCCAGGAGUUCACCUGCCAUAACUUCAAAUGCAUCAGGGAGCAGUACCGCUGCGACGGCCAGGACGACUGCGGCGAUCACUCUGACGAGGAUGGAUGCCCACCAAAGGUGAAGAACACGACCUGUCCAAAUCCAAGAGACUUCAUGUGCGCGAACGGGAACUGCAUCGACCAGCAGUUAGUCUGUAACAAGGAACCGGACUGUGCGGACGAGAGCGACGAGCCAGCUCACUGUAACAUAGACGAAUGCGCCCUGGUGGAAGUGAACCAGUGCGCCCACAAGUGUGUCGACACGCCGACGAGCUACUAUUGCGAGUGUAAUCCGGGAUACAGGCUUCUGGACGAUGGGAAGGCUUGCGAAGACAUAGACGAGUGUACGGAGACGCCGCAGGUGUGCAGCCAGCAGUGUCAGAACACACCGGGGAGCUUCUACUGCAAGUGUAAUUAUUACUGGUACGAACGCGCCGCCGACGAGCACACGUGCAAACGAAGGGACAACAUCAUACCGUGGCUCGUCUUCACGAACAAGUACUACGUCAGGAACAUGUCCAUCGACGCUUCCAACUACAGCCUGAUGCAUCAGGAUCUCAUCAACGUUGUCGCACUGGACGCUGACUACGACGAGCAGAUGCUCUACUUCUGCGACGUUACUGCCAAGACAAUUUUCAGAGCGCCCAUUGCAGGAGGAGAGAAAGAGGCAAUUAUCAGGCACGACAGCCUUGGUUUGGAAGGGAUAGCGGUUGACUGGGUAGGCAGAAAGCUCUACUGGCUCGACCGACACGCCAAACAUUUGGACGUUGCCGAAUUAAACGGCACCAAUAGAAAGACUCUGUUGACUGGCAUAGCCGAUCCACGUGCCAUCGUUGUUCAUCCCGGCACAGGGUACUUGUACUUCACCUCGUGGCAUCUUCAGGCUUACAUAGGCAAGAUGGGAAUGGACGGCAGUAACUUCACGAGGAUCCUCACCUGGGAGGACGACAUAGCCUGGCCGAACGCCCUGACGAUCGACUACUUCACCGACAGGAUCUUCUACGCCGACGCUCACCUGGACUACAUCGCGUUCGCCGACUUGGAAGGUCACAACAGGCGCAAAGUCCUCUCUGGGUCCGCGGUGCCCCACGUUUUCGCCAUCACCGUGUUCGACGAUUUCAUCUUCUGGACUGACUGGAAUCUGAAAGCCAUCAGCAGAGCGGAGAAAUUCUCCGGAGCUAACCUACGGGUGCUGAGGAACACCACUCACAGGCCGUACGACAUCCACGCGUACCAUCCUCUGCGACAGCUGCCCUACAACAAUCCUUGCAUGGAGAACAAUGGCGGUUGUUCGCAUUUAUGUCUGAUUUCACCACCUGCGAGCUCCUAUCUCCUCGAAGGAUACGGCCAGCCUGGCGUCACGUCGUACAAAUGCAAAUGCCCCAAUCAAUUCAUCCUGGACAAAGAUGGGAAAACCUGCAGAGCUAAUUGCACCGCUGGUCAACAUAGGUGCGGCCCUCCAGAUGAGAAAUGCAUUCCGUGGUAUUGGAAGUGCGACGGUGAGAAGGAUUGCAAGGACGGCUCGGACGAGCCUACCAGUUGCCCGCCGCGUGUCUGCCGGCCCAGUGUCUUCCAGUGUGCAAACGGCAACUGCAGGCCGAGCGUGGCUGUCUGCGACGGUGCGGACGACUGCGGGGACAAGAGUGACGAGGCUCACUGCAACUUAGAAUGCGGCGAGCUGGAGUUCAAGUGCAAGUCCAACGGUCGUUGCAUUCACGAGUCUUGGAAGUGCGACGGGGACGCCGACUGCAAGGACGGCAGCGACGAAGAUCCCGCUAUUUGCCACAACCGGACAUGCGACCCGAGUACCGAAUUCACCUGCAAGAACGGCAGGUGCAUCCAAAAGGUGUGGAUGUGCGACUCGGACAACGACUGCGGCGACGACAGCGACGAGCCAGCGUACAUGUGUCGCCAGAAGAACUGCACCACUGGCUGGCAACGUUGUCCAGGUCACGCCAAUUAUCGUUGCAUACCAAAGUGGCUGUUCUGCGACGGCAAGGACGAUUGCCGGGACAGUUCCGACGAGUUGCCCGAGAAUUGCCCGAAAUGCGACCCGGAGAUGGACUUCAAGUGCGCGAACAACCGGUGCGUGCCGAAGCAGUGGCUGUGCGACUUCGCGGACGAUUGCGGGGACGGCAGCGACGAGACGGAGGCGAUGUGCAAGGAUCGUUACAGGGAGUGUUCGGAGUCAGAGUUCAAGUGCGACAACGGCAAGUGCAUCGCCUCGAGGUGGAGAUGCGACUCCGAGGACGAUUGCGGGGACAACAGCGACGAGAACGGCUGCCAGGAAUUCGUGUGCAAGCCGUACACGUUCCAAUGCGCCAGCGGCCACUGCAUCGCGUCGUAUUUGAGGUGCGACGGCACGCGCGACUGCAGAGACAUGAGCGACGAGAUUGGAUGCCCGCCGAGGUAUCCUGGAGGUAGAUACUGCCCGCAGUCGAGAUUCCAGUGCGACAACAAUCUCUGCGUCUAUCUCACUGACAUAUGCGACGGAAGCGACGACUGCGGCGACGGCUCUGACGAGAAUACUAACAUGUGCGCGAACUUCAAGUGCGACACAACCAGGAGGUUCCAGUGUGCCAAUCACAAGUGCAUCGCCAAGUAUCAACUGUGCGACGGGAUCGACAACUGCGGUGAUGGCUCUGACGAGAACAAUAUGACCAUGUGCGCGUCAAGGGUUCAUCCGUGCGACCCCAUGAUAGAGUACACGUGCGCCAAUAAGAAAUGCAUCAAUCGACUGAAGCUGUGCGACUUCGCGGACGAUUGCGGAGACUCCUCCGACGAACUCGGUUGCCAUCAUAAUAAACCCUGUCUGGAUAGCAACAAGGGUGGUUGUUCCCACUACUGUCACAACAUCACCGAUGGGGGAUACAUUUGCGCGUGUUACCCUGGCUACAUAAUAGCGCAAGACGACCGGAAGCAUUGCGAGGAUAUCGACGAGUGUGCCACCGGUCAACACCAAUGCUCUCAACUUUGUACGAAUCUAAAUGGCACCUACUCCUGUUCGUGCAGACAAGGGUUCGAACUGUCCGACAGUCGCAGUGGCGUUUGCAGAGCUACGGACACCGACACGAUGAUCCUGUUUGCCAAUGGACCUGGGAUUAGGGCUUACAACCCACACAACAAGGAGGAGCUUGAAGUCAUUGCCAACGAGAAAAGGGUGCAGGCACUGGAUUUCGAUCCCAGGUCGGAGUACGUGUUCUGGAUCGACGGCUACGAUAAUUCCAUCAAGAGGUCGUAUGUGGUGAACGCGAAAGGUGGACAAGUGAAGAUCGGAUACGCUCAGGAUCUGAAUAUAAAGAGCGAGUCAGGGUUGACAAGCUUGGCCGUUGAUUGGAUUUCUGGCAAUCUCUACUGGACAGAGAUUGAUUCCUCCGGUGCAACGUUGUUUGGAAGAGUGAUGGUCUCGAAAGCUGACGGUAGAUACCGUCGAAGUUUAAUCACAGUCGGCCUGGAAAUCCCAACCUCCAUAGUCGUAGACCCGGAGGUGGGCCGGACCAUUUGGGCAGAUGCCGGAAGCCAACCGAAGAUCGAGAUCGCUUGGAUGGACGGUGACAGACGAAAACAACUGGUCUCUGACCGCAUUGGACAACCUAUCGCUCUCACCAUUGACUACUCCAUGCAGCAUGUUCUCUACUGGGCCGACAGCAAACUCAACACCAUUGAAUCUAUCGAACAGGAUGGAUCAAACAGAAAGGUUAUCCUUAAGGGAGACAGCCUAAAGCAUCCGGUGUCUCUAGACGUUUUCGAGAACAGUCUGUACUGGACAACAAGAAGGACUGGCGAACUGAUCAGGCAAGACAAAUUCGGCAGGGGAGUGCCAGAGGUCAUGAUCAGGCACGUGCCUAAUUCCGGCGGGGUGAAGGUGUACCAUCAGCAGAGAUACAACAUCUCCUUGAGGAACCUGUGCCACGAGGACCAGUGUACCCACCUGUGCGUCCCGAUUCCCGGUGGGAACCGCUGCCUCUGCUCGGACAGCAUCGGACCUCUCCAACACCGGGAGACUGCACGGUCGAACGAGCGUCACUGCGACGCGACUAACGAGAGGCCGCUUCCUGCGCCGAGGAUCUGCCCUUGUAGGAAUGGCGGACUGUGUCAAGAGGUCGAGGAGAGUAAGCUGCAGUGCGACUGUCCGGCUCGUUUCCACGGCGAGUACUGCGAGGUCACGUUAGGGGCCAGGUCGAGCAACGCCACCGCGGCUAUCGUGAUACCCAUCGUUGUCUCCAUCCUGGUUCUCCUCGGAGCCGCGGCUGUUAUUAUGGUGCUUAAGAAACGGCCGUUCGGGAAACCUGGUGGUCUUGGCAGUUUAACUGGUGCUCAGAGCGUGUCCUUCAGACAAGGAAGCAACGUUGAGUUUGGUGUACCUGCACACGAAAGAAUGGAACCUCUGGACGUGGAGUACAAUCUUGGUGACGUGAGUAACAAGAACAGAGACUUCAGCAACCCCAUGUACGACGCGGUGAACACGGAAACUGGCGCUACGAACGGCACAGGCGCCAGCAGCAUGUACGAAUUGCCAGCUGAGAUGAAGCCGUCUAGCAUCCAGCACAAGGAGCCACCGCAGUUGCACCUGAAGAGAAGAGAGCUCGACCCGACACCCAUCGACUCGGGGAAGGACACGCAACAGUUGGUCGAGGAAGACAAGUCCGAAUACUAUGCGCGGGGAACGUCAGUGUAUAGUUUUUCUUCCGUAGCAGCUGUGAUCGUAAAAAUUACAAAUUGGGGUCCGAAUGUGCAAGGUGAUCAUACAAACGAACAAAGCGUACCCUACACUUUUCUUUGAAUUUUCGACGUGGAGGAAGCUUGGUGGAAGGCCAUUAACUUGGUCUAAACAAGCUUUCAAAAAGCAUGAUGUCCAUGAAAAAAAUGGAAACAAUUCACUGUUAAUAUCUCAUUCUCAAAUUACCCCCUCCCGCCUUAGAAAAAAUCAAAUUGCUGCCCUGUGGGGCGUGGACCCAACGUUGAGAAGUAAGUGGAAUAUUUCUGAGGAAUCCAAUCGUCAUUCAUCGAAGUUUCAAACGACUGAAUCAUUGAAAAUUUACUCCACUUUCGUCGCGGUCUGUUCGUCGUACUGGACCGAAGGCACCAUGGGUGGCUUAAAUCCGUACUCCAUCUUGGAUUGUCUGAAGCUGCCGGUGUUCCCGACAGCAGUUUCUUGCCUCGUUCUUCUCAGCGUUCCUUGGACAGCGUCCGGUGACGAGUACAGGGACUUGGACUGUAUUCCGAUGGAAGUUUUCCUUGGCACCGGGCCGACGUACUCGUCCUUCAGCUUGUCCUUCUCGGACGUCCUGCUGUAA